ACUUUAUUCACAUUUCAACAAGAACACAAAGAAAGCUGAAGAAACUUCUCUCUUGAAUUUAAUCAUCGGGCCCAUCUCUUGGCUCUUUCUCUCUGAUUUUUCCAGCACUCAGCUCUCCUCUGUUUACUAAUUACUAUUUUAUUUAAAUAUUAAUUAUUUUCUGAGUAUUUAGAUUAGAUUUCUUGAUUUUCAGAUAUUUAUUUCUGUGUUUUAUAUCUCUGUAUUUACAUUAGAUUGUGUAGAGGAGUGUGUUUAUAUAUUUGUGUAGAGACGGAUUAGAGUUGAUUUACAUGGAGAGGUUACAACCGACAGAAGGGUCAUCACCGGAUCCGGUGGCGGAAUGGAGCUCGCCGGGCGGUGAAACAGGCCUGGAAGAGCCUAUGUGGCAGUUAGGACUCGGUGGUGGUGGUGGCGGUGGUGAUGAUUCGUACCCUGAAAGGCCUGAUGAGGCGGAUUGUAUCUAUUAUCUGAGGACGGGGUUUUGUGGUUAUGGUUCGCGGUGUCGGUUUAAUCAUCCCCGUGAUCGGAAUUUGGUUGUUGGUGCUAUGAGGGCUAGUGGAGGGGAGUAUCCUGAGCGAGUUGGCCAACCUGUUUGUCAGUAUUAUAUGAGGACGGGCAUGUGUAAGUUUGGUGCUUCCUGCAAGUACCAUCAUCCUAGACAUGGAGUUGGAUCUGCAAGCUCAGUGGCAAUAAGUGUCUCUGGAUAUCCCCUGCGUCCGGGUGAGAAAGAGUGUUCUUACUACUUGAAAACAGGGCAAUGCAAAUUUGGAGUCACCUGUAAGUUCCAUCACCCACAUCCAGAUGGCACACAUGUUCCAGCUCGUGCACUUUUCCCUGCAGCAGCAACUGUGCCUUCCGCUAUUUAUCCAGCCAUGCAGUCUCCUGGUCCAUCGUCUCAACAAUAUGGGGUGGUGGCUGGUAACUGGCAAGUUGCAAGGCCUGCUCUUCUGCCAGGUUCAUAUGUUCAAGGGACAUACGGUCCAGUGAUUCUCCCCCCAGGGAUGGUGCCCAUGGCUGGUUGGAAUCCUUACCAGGCCUCUCUGAGUCCAGUUGCAUCGCCAAGUGCUCAAUCAAAUGCCGGAGCAGGACCUAUCUAUGGAAUGCCACAGCUCUCUUCUACAGCUCCUGUCUUUGCUGGUCCUUAUCUGUCUAUGACAUCUCCUGCUGUUCAUUCAGCUUAUAACCAGAAAGAACAUGCUUUUCCAGAGAGACCUGGUCAGCCUGAAUGUCAGCAUUAUAUGAAAACAGGGGAAUGUAAGUUUGGUUCGUCAUGCAAAUACCAUCACCCUGCACAAUGGAGUUCCCCAAAAACGAAUUUUGUCCUCAGUCCUAUGGGUCUUCCUUUACGUCCGGGUGCCCCACUUUGUUCUCAUUAUGCACUGAACGGGAUAUGCAAAUUUGGGCAUUCUUGCAAAUUUGAUCACCCAAUGUCAACACUGAGUUACAGUCCAUCUGCAUCAUCUCUUACCGAUAUGCCUGUUGCUCCUUACCCAGUCGGCUCAUCAAUGGCUACCUUAGCCCCAUCAUCCUCGUCAUCAGAGCUAAAGCCUGAUAAAGAAGCAUUCGUCACCAAAAUGUCUACUCCUUUAAGCACAGCUGCUGGUUCAGUUGGUUCUAUCCUCUCAAGAAAUGAUACUCUUCCGCAAUCUAGUAUCCAGCAGCCUGGUCAGAGCUCUACCACUUCAACUGGUAGUAGUACACCUCAUAUUAGUGAGGUUCCCACAUCAGGCUGAGCAUGUUUCUGGAUAUUCCUACCUCUUUAUACAUUUUAUGAACCUUUGUUAUAAUUUUGUGCAGUCCUCUGUCAGCAGUCUUACAUACUUGGUCGUCAUGGUUCCUUGAGUCACAUCUAUCACAUGCAGCCUCUCUCACUUGUGUUCAUAUAAUUUAUAUAUGGCCAUUACUUUCAUAAUGAUAAGCCAUAUUCACCAUUCAAAUUCCCAACAAACCCUAUAUAGCCUCUCGACUAGUUUCUGAAUACCUGCCAAACAUUACUUAGUUCAAAUCGUCAAAGUUGAAUCCAUAUCUCCAAAUUCGGAGUUUGUUGUGUUUAUUUAUGCUGCAAGCCUUCCUAGAGAAGGGAUAAAAAGAGAAGAAAAAUAGACCAGUCCUCCCUUCCCAUAUCUAGCCUUCGAUGUGGUUCUCUUGAUCUCUUGGAAAAAGCUAUAUGCAUCAACUUAUCGUAUCAAGUUGAAGAUCUAGUUGUUCCGCUUUUUUGUCCGGGCUCUGUGGAAGACUUCUAAAUUUCAAGCAAAUCGUCACUGUGCUGCCUUGAAAACCAAAUGUUGCAUGGUUGUGCUGUGAGGUUUCAAUUGAGUAAAUUUCUUAUAGUUCUUACCAAAUACAACAAAAUUAUGCACCUGACAAUCUUGACUUUGUAGUAGUUACUCCUUUCACUUUUGAUCCUUAUAUUAAAAGAAGAAAUUUUCUUC